AUGAUGAAUUCAUUUCUGAUUAAUACUACCUUUUUAAACACUGUUUCUAAACUACGAAAACAUUUUGACAAUACACAAGUUUCUGAAAUUCGAAUAACUCCUACAACCAUUAAAUGUUAUAAUAAAGAAGGUCAAAAUGUAGAUAUCUUUUUUGGUAAAGAUAUCACCACAAUUCCUAUGAAAAAAGCUCGGCUACCUUUACUUCUAGAGGAUAUCAGAAUAAAAAAUAUUUCUGACUAUCUAUUAAAAGAAAUAGUGGGUGAGUAUUUAGAAGUUAGAGCUAAUGAUUACUCAUUGCUUUUAUUAGAAGCAUAUAAAGUUCAUAAAGAAGAACUGAAAUUAGAAUCAUUAGCCUAUAAUAAUUCACAAGAGCAUCAAUCAUCUUUAUUGCCUCAGCCUUUAGUAUCUAUUGGAUUAAGUGAGCCAUCCAAAGUUCAGAAAGAUGUGACCCCUUCGACACAAGAAAGUAAUGUUGAUACUAAUAGCUUACUUAGUGGAUUAAGUGCCAAAUCACUUUUUGCUCGAAAUGAUAAGCGAGUUCGUGGUUACAAUAAGAAUGAGGUCCUUAAUCUCCUUCUAAAUACCGAAGUUCAUUCUCCUGAACUUAAAAAACUCCUGCGUUAUACACUUGAUAAACAUUCUAGAUUAGGAUUGGGAUCAGGCCAAAGCCGAACCCGAAAUUAUGAUGAUUCAAGAUUUCUUUAUCUUGUUAGUUGUCUUAAAGAUAUUCCAAGAUGGGCAUAUGUUAUUUCUGAAUCUGAAAAUGAAAAGAUAUCUGAAACAAGUAUGAAAAGAAGGCGAGUAACUGAUUAUGAUAGAUCCAUAAUAUAUAGUAGGAAUAGCGAGCUUGAAACUGUGGAUCGGGAAAUUCAGGCACUUAUGAUAAAUAGUGCAAAAAAGUAUUUGACCUUUAAUUGA